AUGAGCAGCACGUUUGUGACGCUAGCGGAAGUGUUGGAGUGUCGAGGAGGCCCUCUUCUGGAGGACGAGGUGUGGUCCCUCCUCCUGGGCACUGCAGAGUCCCUGGUCGACGUCGCAUACAAAGGACAUAACAGUAUGUGUUGCAUCAUAAGCCCCACCUCCCUGCUGCUCUCGGCCACUGGAACACUGGCGUUUAAGAACUGCACCCUAUCAGAUGAGGCAUGCGCCUUCACUGCGCCAGAGAUGCUGCAAGGCCGUGCCUCCUCGACCAAACCUGCUAUAGAGAAGAUGCUGGUGUAUUCACUUGGUAUGACUCUCUACUGGUCUGUCGAUUAUCAUCUACCUCAGAAUCAGCCGGUCCAGUUGAGUGACCACCUUAACAGCCUGCUACUGAGCAUGUGCGAGGACCUGGCCCACCGCAGGGUCAAUCUGAACAGCAUCUUGGAAUCCUGUGAGUCUCAGCACAAAGCCUCUCUCCUGCCUCCGCCCAACAGAGUCAUAGGACAACUGGUGGAGGAUGUCUUUCACAAAGCUGUGAGUGUGUGUGGGGUGGCGGGGUGUCAGCGUGUGGUGGUGUCUGUCUGUGUGGACCAUGGCUCUGUGCCAGAGCCCUUUGCCCCGCUGAGUGGGAGGAGUCAGAUGAUCAGAGAGAGGCUUCACGGUAAGCGUGAUCGGUAUCCUGACUACAGUGAGGGCAGCGCGGCUGGAGCGGAGAGCAGACGGUACUCUAACGACUCCAACAAGUCAGAAAGUUUACUUCACAAACCCUGGAGACAGAAAUCCAGGAGCUCGCCCACCCCUGCAUACCCACCGAACAUAGACCGACUGCCACAGGGUCUCAGACACAGAGAAAGUAGUAGUAGCUGGCUGUGCCAGAGCCCCUCCAUUGACGUCCCCUCGAAGGGCGCACCCCAACUCCCCAGCCCCUCCAUCACUUUCAGCGACUCCUCAGCCAGCCUCACCCAGAGGAAAGCCAAGGCUCUUGGUCCCGAGUUUAUCAGAAUGGCUGACGAACCCCAGGUAGUUCUGGAGUUACCCGGAUCCAUAGUGUCUAAGAAGGGCAGGUCUUGUUCGUCCCAGAGAGAGGUCAUUGUGGUGUUGCCCAGUGGUCAGUCUGUAUUGGUCAGAUGUGACAUAAAGUCCAGAGGGAGGGACGUGUUCGACAUGGUGGUGGCUCACGCUAACCUGGUGGAGCACUUCUACUUCGGACUGGCCUACAUCGACGAUGAUGAAUAUUUCUUCUUGGACCACGAGACGAAAAUCUCUAAAGUUGCUCCUGACAGUUGGAAGAAAGUAGUGUCGACCUCUUUUCUUGUUUUUCUAAGGAUCAAGUUUUUUGUUGAUGACAUCUCCUUCAUCUUACACAGGGUGACGCUUCACCAGUACUACUUGCAGCUGCGGAAGGACAUCCUAGAGGACAGGUUGUACUGCAACGAGGAGACAGGCAUGUUCCUGGCGGCUCUCGCUCUACAGGCUGAGUUUGGGGACUACAUGUCUGAGUUGUAUGGCAGGAACUACUACCAGCUGGAGCAGUUUGUGUCUAAGAGGAUGCUGGAGAAGAUGGCUCUGCCCAGUCUAAAGGAGGAGUUGCCACGGUUACAUGCCAACAAUGCCCAGAUGCUGCCCGAGGAGGCAGAAACCGAGUACCUAAAAAUCGCUCAGCAGCUUCCAGAGUAUGGGAUGGUGUUCCAUCGGGUAGGCCGGGAGAAGAAGCCGGUGGUGAGGGAGCUGGUGCUGGGAGUCUGUGCCACAGGAAUCAUCGUCUAUGAGCUGAAGAACCACCACCGCACUGUCACACGGCGAUUCCUCUGGAGGGAGACCGAUACCAUCUCCGCCAACCAUCGUAAGCUGACCAUAGAGUGUGGUGGUCCCAGUGGUAAGAAGCACAGCUUUGUAGCAGAGAGUUCUAAGAUUGCGCAGUACCUCCUUAGUCUCUGCUCCGGGCAGCACAAGUUCCACAGCGAGAUGAGUUCCAGGCAACUCAGCCACAGCAUCGCUCAAGAUGAGAACAUUGACAAGUACCAGUCUAUUUGUCGGACCAGUGACUCCCGUAUGAAGCGUCGUUCAUGUUCUGAGGUUGUCCUGAACAGCGUAGAGUUACCAUCCAACCUCGGCCACCGCGAGUCAUUAAGUAAGUCGUGUGAGGACAUCACGGCGAAGGUGGAGGCGCGUCUAAGGCAGCAGAGAGAGUUGAGGGAAAUGAACAGAGAUCUGCCCGAGCCAUGCCCACAGUCAGAGGUGAAGGACCAGCAGGCCUGGAGUACUCCAGAGUCCAUCCCCAGAAUCAUGUCCAAUCCCAUGCUACAGAAACGUGACUCCACAACCUCCUCUGUACAAGUAGACACUCCAACCAGGGGUUCUCCAGAGAGAGAGAUCAUCAGUCUGGUCCUAAGGAAAGACCCUAAACUGGGCUUUGGGUUUGUGAUAGUGGGGGAGAACAACACAGGGAAACUGGACCUGGGAAUCUUCAUAGCCUCCAUCGUCCCUGACGGACCAGCAGACAGAGACGGCAGAAUCAGACCAGGUGGUCGUCUGAUUUCUCUAAAUAAGAUCAGUCUGGAGGGCGUGACGUUCACUGACGCAGCAGUCAUCCUCCAGAACAGCCCUGAUGAGGUGGAGCUCAUCGUCUCCCAACCCAAAUAUUCUCUGAGAGACAGUAAGACUUCUUUGGCAACCAGUACCCUGAGUCUGAUGUUGGACAGGGGCAUUGGGUGCCAGACCACCCUGAGUGGAACAGAAUUCCAACCAGACAUGGAGGAGCUGGAGGAAACACUGGCUCUGUCCAACUUGGCCACACCUAAACAUGGCAAGAGACUCCACAUCCCUGUGGUCCGGAUCCUGGAUGCUCAGGAGGUGUGUUCCAGGUCUCCCUCUAUCUGCAGUCUGACAGCCAGGAAACAGCUUGUGGUGGAGCUGCAUAAGGCCAAUGGCAGCCUGGGCAUAAGUGUAGCUGGUGGAAUGAACAGCUGUGUUCGGUACGAGGGGAUAUACAUCAAGAGUCUGGUGCCAGGGGCCGCUGCUGAGCAGGACGGGCGCAUUCAGAUAGGUGACCGACUGCUGGAAGUUGAUGGGUCCAACCUACGAGGUGUAACACACAAACAGGCCGUGGAGUGCCUGAAGAAGACUGGAGAGGUGGUGAGUCUGCUUUUAGAGAGGGAGCCCCAGGUGGUGUUGGAGGCGGGAGCGAAUCGCCCCCGCUCAGCUUCACAGAGCCAAUCAGGAAGUCUCAGGAGAGACAGCUCCAUGGAGAUGACCUUGAGUGGCAAGACCAAGGACUACAGCUUUGUCACUGAUGACAACACUCUGAAGGUGCUGUUGAAGAAGAGCCUGUGCGGUUUGGGCUUCAGCUUCUACAUCAGUGAGCUGAACAGUGGUUGUGACCAGGGCAGCAGUGUGGUGCGGAUCAAAACCCUUUUCCAGGGUCAACCAGCGCAGGAGUCAGGACAGAUCAGAGAAGGAGACGUCAUAUUGGCUGUUAAUGGACAAUGGGUUAAAGGCCUCAGCUACCAGAGGGUGUUGUUCCUGCUCCGCGGGCCUCCGUCUGAGGUCCACCUGACUCUCUGCAGACCUGCUCUUGGAGUGCUGUCUCAACUGGAUGCUGACACACUGGUUCCUUUCUUGUUUCCAACCCGUGGGGUGAGGUCCAAGUCUCUAGACAUCAGGCUAGAGGAAGAUUAUAGCCAGCUGCUCAAGCUACAGGCAUACCAGAACCAUCAGUACAACCAAGAAAACCAGGCCCAGAAGGAGCCAAUGCAGACAUCACAAGCCCAGGAUCAGUCUUCCAUGCAGGCCAGCCAAACAGACAAAUACCCUGAGCCCUCUGGAGGUCCGAAGACUCAACAGAGUCGGGAUAGUCAAGACCGUGAGAUGGACGCAGCCGAGAACCAGCCCUCCUCACCCUCUCCCACUCCUCCCUCACCCCCUUCCCCCAUCUCCCUCGCCAGCAGAAGUGACGCAGGAGACAGUGAAGAGUUGUCGGUUGUGGACGAGGACGAGGAAGUUUCCGAAGAAAUGAGCUCGGCAUCUGUCGGGGCCAAGACCAGUACCAGUCCCGUGUACACCAGUGGCAUCAGAGAAGAGGCGGACGGCAGUUUAACAUACUGCCUUAUGGGUGAUGGAAUAACCAUUCUGGCUGAUAAAGAAUACUUGACCAUCAGUUCGACUUCGGACAGUCCCUCUAGCCUCACCUCAAACACCUCAUGUACCCCCAGUGUGGCUCCACACACUACCUCUCAUACCCCCAGGACCAGAUCCACCCCCCCUACUAGGGUCCGAUCCACCACCCCCAAAAGUACUUCCAUCCCCCACAGCUUGUUCUCGCAAACCACAAGCUCAACAAACCCCAAUUUGUCAUCGCAAACCACCUCUGUCCAGCAGACACCAUCUCAGCCCUCCUCUAGGCCUACAUUCAGCCUUUCCUCUAGGAUGUCUGACCUCAACAUCAGCCACUCGGUGCAUCCUCUCCAGCCCCAGCAUGCUACACCUCCUCUUCCCAGCCUCUCCUCCCAUACCUCCAACCCCAAAUCCAGGACCUCUGAUCGCAAACAAAGCAUCACCUCCGAUCGUAAACAAAGCAUCACCUCCGAUCGUAAACAAAGCAUCACCUCCGAUCGUAAACACAGCAUCACCUCCGAUCGUAAACACAGCAUCACAUUCAAGACUACCAAUGCCUCCAACAUCACUCGUUCAGUCAUCCAAUACAAUCCCCAGCCCCCUGACACAUUGCCCCCCUCGCAACCCGCCGCACGCCACCCCUCUCCCCAGCCUCCCUUGUCCUCACUCUCUCCCCCCAUUCAGGCUGCACCUCUCCCACAUACACACCCUACCUGGAGACAGGAGACAGAAGGGGAGGAGGAUGAAGAUGAGGAUGAGAAUGAGGAGGAUCCCAGAAAAGGCAUGAUGAAGGAAUUUGAGAUGUGUGUGGUUCUGACCAAGUCGUGGAGCGGUAGUUUUGGGUUCACCAUCACACGCAGCAAACUGGAUGCCUGCUACUACAUUCAGGACAUACUGGACAACCCUGCUAAGACUGACGGACGGCUCAGACCAGGGGACAGACUAGUCACGGUCAACGGCCAGGAUAUGACGAAUGUGACAGAUGAGGUUGCCAUGUCGAUCCUGAGGUCAUCUCCUAGGAGACUGAGUUUGAUCCUGGGGAGGGCGGUGACCAACCUGAUAGCUCCACCUUUUCCAGACCACCUGCAAGACAUCAUACUGCACAAGACACCGACUGGACAGCUUGGUAUCAAGCUGACGGGUGGUAUAGGCAGCAAAUGGCAGGGGAUCUACUGUCUGGAGGUGGUUCCUGGUUCACCUGCCUGUGAGGAAGGCAGCGUCCAACCAAACGACAGGAUCCUGUACAUCUGUGGCCGAUGCACCAUGGGAAUGACUCUGGAGGACGCUGUCAAGGCCUGCGAGAACGCUCCGCGCAGAGUGAAACUCAAGGCCACCAGAGAUGACCAGCCUGUGACUCCCAAAGCCAAGAGUAAUGCUAAAGCCGUGCCCGAGACCACUGGGAAAUUCAGACCACUUCUCUCUGUCACCUCCGAUCAAGACAGCUGUAUCUUGCAAAUAUAUGUGUGUAAGCCAGAGAGGGGGGGUCUGGGCUUUGCUCUGAUUGGUGGAUGCAACGGAAGCACGCUCAGAGUGAAGGAGAUCUGCGCUGGAGGCGUGGCGCAGCAGGAUGGACAGCUCAGAGUGGGAGACAUACUGCUUGAGGUGAAUGGUAUAAUAGUAUCAGGUCUGAGCCACUGUAAGGUGGUGGAUAUCCUCCGUCAGGCUGAGGGAAACAUCCAACUCACAAUCUGUAGAGACAUACCACGGGCCAGCACAGCACCCUGCACUGAUGCAUUCUUCUCUAUGGGCUUCCCUGGAGACAACAUGGCCGUCUGUCCUGGAUCCAAUAUGGCCUCCUGUCCUGGAUCAGCAUCCAAUAUGGCUUCCUGUCCUGGAUCAGCAUCCAAUAUGUCUUCCUGUCCUGGAUCAAAUAUGGCCUCUUAUCCUGGAUCAAAUAUGGCUUCUUAUCCUGGAUCAAAUAUGUCCUCUUAUCCUGGAUCAAACAUGGCCUCCUGCCCUGAAGUCAACAUGGCUACCAGCAACGGAUCCAACAUGGCAUCCUGCACUGGAUCAAAUGUGUCAGUCUUCAUCGAAGCCGAACCAUACUCCAACCCUUCUGCAUGUUCCUCACCUGAUGUCCAGCAGGAGGACCUUCCCCCUGAGGGGACUUCAGAUCCAGUACCUGAUGUAGAGGAGGACAUUACCCCCCGUUUACCCCCCGACCCCUCCUAUCACCCCUCACUCCGCCUGCGGGCCCUCACAGAAGAGGACAUGGCUGGACAGGAGAGCUGUAACAGUAAACCCUCUCAUCCGGCUUGCUGCCUGUCCAGCAAGAGUAUGACUAACUUGCUCCAUGAAGCCUCGAACAGGAACCAAAUCCCUGUGAUGCCAUUGGACAAAACCAUGAUGGGCAGCAAGAACAGCCAAUCAGACGGCUGGAGCAGCGAGGAUGAGGAUGAUGAGACAUUUGAAGCUAAAGGUCAGGAGACCAUGUCACCCUUCCCAGGUCCACCUAUAGUAUCAGAAGAAGAGUUGGCCAGCCUAGCCAUGAUCAGUCCAGCUAAGACCAGUCAAUACGCUGGGUCCAGAGUGAAAGCCCUCAUACAGAUACUACAACAUCAACUAGACCAGCAAGAACUGGUCCGAGAGUUCAUGGCCUUGGAGCAUCUAAAGCCGUCUGAUAACUGUCUAGUGGGGAAAGCUCCGGAGAACCGGGAGAAGAACCGCUACCGGGACAUCCUGCCCUAUGAUAAGACGCGUGUUCCAGUGGGUGAUAACCAGGACUAUAUUAAUGCCAGUUAUAUCCAUAUGGAGGUUGGCAGUGAGGAGUUCAUCUAUAUCUCCUGCCAGGGUCCUCUGCCCUCCACCGUGCCCGACUUCUGGCAGAUGGUCUGGGAGAACAGGUCUGAUGUGAUAGCCAUGAUGACCCAGGAGGUGGAGCGAGGCCGGGUGAAGUGUCACCGCUACUGGCCAGAGAGGGUGAGCUGCCCCCUAGACACGGGGCGCUUCCAGCUCAGCCUGGAGAACCAGCAGAUCAAGGAAUACUUCCACAUCAAGAUCAUCCGCAUGGUGGAGAAAGAGUCUGGUGAGACCCACUUUGUCCGUCACCUGAAGUUUAUGCGUUGGCCUGACCACGGUGUGCCGCGGUGUUCAGAGCAGCUGGUCAGGUUUAUCCGCUACCUCCGAGCGGUCCACCAUAAAGGACCUGUCACUGUACACUGUAGUGCUGGGAUAGGACGAACAGGAGUACUGAUCUGCACCGAUGUCAUCCUGAGUCUCAUAGAGAACGAUCUCCCGAUCAACGUCAGUAACAUUGUGAGGGAGAUGAGACUGCAGCGAUAUGGCAUGAUUCAGACUAAGGAGCAGUACCUGUUCUGCUACAAGGUAUGGUUGGAGGUUCUACAUCGCAUCCUGCAGCUGCAUGGUAAGCAUUGGCAACCAGAGAGCCCCCGCGAACUUAAUGCGAGCCCUCGCACACACAGUAACCGAUGGCAACCGGAGAGCCCCCAUGAAGAUAAUCAAUUUGUUUGACCAGGUUUCUUGCCCCCGCCCGUUAGUUGAUUUUGUUAUGAACACUGUAUAUGUAUGUGUUUUAGCCAAUUCCUCUGUUCGUUUGAUGUCAUGCCAAAACAUGACUAUUCAGAGUUGGCUAAACCACAUAUAGAUGGGACGACCAGGCCACUGUAUGUUUCUGCAUGGUUUUGAUAUUUGGGUUCUGAAUUUAUUGAUGGGGGUAGAAAUUUUUACUGUUGGUUCUUUUGUGUUUUUUUUUUCGAGAUGGCAGUGACUGAUUAAACACUUAAUUGAAAUGAGAGAUACUGUGAUUGCAGUAUUGGUUUGAGUUAGAUCAAUUAUUUGACAGCCUUUAGGGGUUUAGUGACUUUGUCUUCUUUGUUAAGUUAGGAGUGUUUUGGUUGUGUGACUUUUAAAGGGUGUUACUAUUUAAAUUGUUCUAUUUAAUCAUUCCACAUUUUUAAAGUUAAUGUGUAUAUUUUGCAUAUGAUCAAUUAUAACCUAAAUACAUUUAAUUGCACCACAGCACAUCACUAAUCAACGAUGUCACUGCUCAUUGCAAUGCACAGGGUGAGGUGUAUUAUACCAAAAUGUAUAUUAGAAUAUCUUUAAAUAUGUAGCUAAUAUAUAGAGUUAAUGAAAUAUUGUGUUUAAAUAUUGUGAAAUAAGUGCAUGUAAAUCUUGUACGAGUUUUGUCAAUGACUGAAACCAGAAGUGAAUAGAAUCAAGUGCCUUGGAAAGACUUUGUUUCACCUUCGGAAACCUGAAAACCAGGUUUGAUUGAACAGGACCCUGAGAACACAUGCUCUGUGUGAUUCUGUAAGGAAUCUCUGUCCGAUACUUUCACCGUUUGUUGGUCAUGUUGUGUUGUCCCACAGCUCAGAUUCACUGUAUGUGAAUUAGUGGUGAAUCUAUCUUCAUUUUGCAGUCUGUCUACAACCACUGAACAAGUGCUUAGGUGUUUGAAAUGUAAUGGCAGUCAAAUGCACAAAAAAAACAUAUUGUAUUUCUGAAAGCAUUUCUCAUCAUUGUACAGUAACAUCACUAUUGUAGCUGCAGUUUCAGUAGCGUGAUAAUAUACCUCACUGUAACAUACACUAGCAGUACAGUGUAACCUUGGUCUGGUCACUAUGUAUUACCUCUGACUGUCAUAUAAAAGCUGUUCACAAAUA